AUGCCCGCAGGGGGCCUGCUGCCUCUCUUCGGCAGCCCGGGGGGCGGCGGCCUGGCCGGGGGGCUCGGCGGCGGCGGCGGCCGGAAGGGCUCGAGCCCCGCCGCCUUCCGCCUCACCGAGAAGUUUGUGCUGCUGCUGGUGUUCAGCGCCUUCAUCACGCUCUGCUUCGGCGCGAUCUUCUUCCUGCCAGACUCGUCCAAGCUGCUCAGUGGGGUCCUGUUCCACUCCAGCCCCGCCCUGCAGCCGCCCGCCGAGCGCAAGCCCGGGCCCGGGGCGCGCGCCCAGGACGCCGCGGGGGGCCGUUGGGGGCGCCGCGAGGAGGGCGCGCCCGGGGACCCGGCCGCCGCCCUGGAGGACAACUUGGCCCGGAUCCGCGAAAACCACGAGCGUGCCCUCAGGGAAGCCAAGGAGACCCUGCAGAAGCUGCCAGAGGAGAUCCAGAGAGACAUCCUGCUGGAGAAGGAAAAGGUGGCCCAGGACCAGCUGCGUGACAGGGCGCUGCUUGGGGGGCUGCCUGACGUGGACUUCCUGCCCCCCAUCGGGGUGGAGAACCGUGAGCCCUCCGACCCCUCCGUCCGUGAGAAGAGGGCAAAAAUCAAAGAGAUGAUGAAACAUGCUUGGAAUAAUUAUAAACGCUAUGCCUGGGGAUUAAAUGAACUGAAACCUUUAUCAAAAGAAGGACAUUCAAGCAGCUUAUUUGGUAACAUCAAAGGAGCAACUAUAGUAGAUGCCCUGGAUACGCUUUUCAUUAUGGGAAUGAAAAAUGAAUUUCAAGAAGCAAAAUCAUGGAUUGAAAAAAAUUUGGAUUUUAAUGUGAAUGCUGAGAUUUCUGUUUUUGAAGUCAAUAUACGCUUUGUUGGUGGACUGCUGUCAGCCUACUAUCUGUCUGGAGAAGAGAUAUUUCGAAAGAAAGCGGUGGAACUUGGUGUGAAAUUGCUACCUGCAUUUCAUACUCCCUCUGGAAUACCUUGGGCAUUGCUGAAUAUUAAAAGUGGUAUUGGGCGGAACUGGCCCUGGGCCUCAGGAGGCAGCAGUAUCCUGGCAGAAUUUGGAACCCUGCACUUGGAAUUUAUGCACUUGAGCCACUUAUCGGGAAACCCCAUCUUUGCUGAAAAGGUAAUGAAUAUUAGAACAGUACUGAACAAACUGGAAAAACCAGGAGGCCUUUAUCCUAACUAUCUGAACCCCAGUAGUGGACAGUGGGGUCAACAUCAUGUGUCCAUUGGAGGACUUGGAGACAGCUUUUAUGAAUAUUUGCUCAAGGCAUGGCUAAUGUCUGACAAGACAGAUGUAGAAGCUAAGAAGAUGUAUUUUGAUGCUAUUCAGGCCAUUGAGACUCACUUGGUCCGCAAAUCUAGUGGGGGACUUACAUACAUUGCGGAGUGGAAAGGGGGCCUGCUGGAACACAAGAUGGGCCACCUGACCUGCUUUGCAGGAGGCAUGUUUGCAUUAGGGGCUGAUGGAGCUCCCGAAGUCCUGGCCCAGCAUUACCUUGAACUCGGGGCAGAAAUUGCUCGCACUUGUCAUGAGUCUUACAAUCGCACCUUUGUGAAACUGGGACCAGAAGCUUUCAGAUUUGAUGGAGGUGUGGAAGCCAUUGCUACAAGACAAAAUGAAAAGUACUAUAUCUUACGGCCAGAAGUCAUCGAGACUUAUAUGUACAUGUGGCGGCUGACGCAUGACCUGAAGUAUAGGAAAUGGGCCUGGGAAGCCGUGGAGGCCCUAGAAAACCACUGCAAAGUGAAUGGAGGCUAUUCGGGCCUGCGGGAUGUGUACUUUGUGCAUGAAAGUUAUGAUGACGUCCAGCAAAGCUUCUUCCUAGCAGAGACACUCAAAUAUUUGUACUUAAUAUUUUCUGAUGAUGAUCUUAUUCCACUGGAACACUGGAUUUUCAACACUGAGGCACAUCUUCUUCCUGUACUCCAUACAGAUAAAAAGGAAGUAGAAGUCAAAGAGAAAUAAACAAUGUUUUAUAUUUUACUCUGCUUCACUCCCUUCGCUGCAUCCCUUAAUAAUUCCUUUUUUGGUAAUCAGACAUGUGAUAAACUUUUAUCGAUAAGUCUGUUCUAAGUUCUAAAACUGUUUUGCAGUCUUUUUAUGUUUAUUAUUGAUAGGCAUAAGAGGACCUAAACUACUUAUACUUUACUAUUCAGCUAACAGAGCCACAAAUUGUGUUUGUCGGUUUAGGUUUUAUUAAGUAAUCUAUUAUCUCUGGAGUUCAUAAAGGUAUGAUACUUUCAUGAAAUGGAAUAGAACAGUGUACCAGUGACCUCUUAAUUACAAUUUUAUUUGACUGCAAAAUUUCUUCCUCCUCUAUGAGGAGAUGAUGUCUGCUUUAAGCUGUAAUGUUUUGCCAUGUUGCAAAAAGCCAUAAUAAUAAUGUAUUAAAAAGCUUUUUUCUUUUGAACUUUAUGUUAACCUGGUUUGUCUGUCCAGUGACAACAGAUCUUAUAACUGUGACAGUCUCCUUAUGAGGGUCUGUCAUUAUUUGAUAGAAUGUCUUCUACAAAGCUGCAUUCAUAUUGCAAUUCAAAUUAGGAAGUCAUCCCAGAAGAUUCAUCUCAUAUUGACCUAUUUUCAGUGGAACUGCAGUAUAUUUUAUUCAUUAAUUACAUUAGUACUUCCUAAUUUAUCAAUCAGUUCUCUGCUUCUACUGUAAAUGUCUUGUGUCAUUUCUGAAUCAUGUACUGCUUACUUUCUUCCAUUCUCCACUACAUAGUUUCUUUGUUUGCAUUUCAUUUUGAUUUUUUUUUUUCCUUAAGGAAAGAAAGCAUUCCACUUGGUUCACAUUUGAAAAGGCCCCUUUCCCAAAGGUAGUCAAUUCUUUCAGGGCAGUUUGUGAACAGAGUUUGACUCGGUGCAAUAUACUGUUGUUUUGUCUGUUCAUGAUUGAUUAAGGAAAAUCUAACUCAAGAGCAUAGUAUAUUUAGUAUGAUAGCAUUCAACAUAAAGACCUCAAGUUAGAAUCACUUCUUCCAGGGAUGGGCAUGCUCACUCCCCCAUAAUUUGAUCAUUGGAAAUGAAGAUGAUUCUAAACCUUGUGGGUGAUGCCUUAUAUCAUCACAAACGUACUUUACGUGAAAGAGCUAGUAUCACAAUGCAUAUGUUAAGGUACAAAGACUUUGACUACCUAAAUUCUCUAUCUACUGUGGUCAAAAAGUCAGUGCAACCCCAUGGACUAUGCUGAUAGAUAUAUUUCUUUGCAUUUAUAGCUUUAAAACUAUAUCAACAUUCUUAUAUGAUUCAAUUUACAUUUUGUUUUGUUUUAUUUUGUUUCUGUUUUUGUUUUUGUUUUUGUUUUUCGAGGUGGAGUUUCACUCUAGCCCAGGCUGACCUGGAAUUCACUAUGUAGUCUCAGGGUAGCCUCAAACUUCUGGUGAUCCUCCUACCUCUGCCUCCUGAGUGCUGAGAUUAAAGGUGUGCACCACCACUCCCAGCUCCAAUUUACAUUUUUUGAGACACUUACUUUCUUAGAUCUCAAUACAGUAGUAUCUUUUUCAGCUUUUGGAAGAGCUUUGAAAGAUUUCCUUUGAUAUGACCACCAUUAUGUGGCCUUUUUUAUUUUCAAAGUACAGUACUCUAUGUCUAAAGUAAAAAAGUAAACUCACCAAAUGAAAAAGAUCCCUCCAAGCUUCAUUAUGGCCAGGUCAAUAUGUCUCCACAACCCAGAGUGACUCUUAUCUUCAGCUGGUCUAAUGAAAUUGACAAGAGUCUUUUUACCCAAAAACACUUAGGCAAAAUGUAAAGAGAUUACUGCCAUAUGUUUAGACGAUGAUUUUCCCAUGAAUGUCCUUGGACUAUAUAAAUCAAUUAUUUUCUUUGCAUUUUAGUUGAAGGAGCACAAAUCUGAUAACUAUUUUAUCGGUAGAUAGAGUAUUAAACAUCUACUGGUGUGUGUGUAGACCACACUAAUGAGCCUCUUGUACCCUAGGAUAAGACAAGAUGCUGUCUGACAUGUUGCUCUGCCAAUGGCAAAAAGUUUUUUCAGUUGUAAAACUUGGUUUUAUCAACAUUAAGUCCCAAAACACCAAAAAUGUAAACAAGAUGAGAGAUUAAAAAUAUAGUGAUAUAACCUAACAAUUUUAUAUUUUAUGUUAUUUUUAAAAACUGAAGUGUCUAUUCAUUUUCAACAAAACUGUGCAGUUGAAUUUACCUAUGUAUCCACGUCCUUAAAGAAGAGAAAUUUAAGCAGCACUUAAUUUUGUUUAUGCAAUAUAUUUUGAUAUACUUCAUGCAAUUACUAUUACACAUUUAAGUCAUAUUCCAAUUUAUAGAAUUCAAUGACUUCAUUGUUGUGACUUUAUCAUGUGUAUUACUUUAAAUUGAUUUUUAUUAGUUCACAAAUCCAUUCUGUCAUUUCCAACUUUAUAU